GACAUCAUAUGCCAACCGGACGGCAGAACAGUGGCCUGCAGCCCCCCCCCCCCCCCUUUACUCCACAACAAUAGCAGAGAACUCAAGGCACGUUUUAGAGGGUUCAUUUGAUGACUCUGGCCUGCUCUUCAGACGAGUGAGAAACAUCAGGGGAGUCAUCAGCAUGAUGCUCAGAGCAGAACCCAUAGUGGGUCAGGUGAUAGAGCAGGCAUCAUGUGAGAUAGAAGUGGAGUCAACCUAUGGCUGCACCUCAUGUGAUGAAAUGCCCUAUGUCAUAAUCGGGCCACGCUCUGUUCAAAAGACUGGACUGGUGAGAUUCGAGAGCAACUGUAGUUUCUACCUACCUGAGGUGUUCUGCUCUGAUCAACCCCAGAUCCUCAGGCUGACUCAUCGGCCCGAAUCAUACAGUCUAAAGUUCAAAGACACCAAUCAGACCAUUGUCAUCAACCUCAACUAUGAGUUCUUGGGGCAAAUUUAUUUCAGAGGUGUUAUGACCUACAAACCUGAAGAGACAUUCUCAAGCAAGAUGCGGCUGGCCAUCCAAAGCCCAGAUUUCCUAACCAGUUUGCAAUAUUCAAUGAUGGUGGGGUUCAUCACAGCCACAACAGUCGGCCUCAUUAAGGCCGCUCUGAGGUUCUGGGCGUUUAGGCAGGGGGCAAAAGAAGAGAUCAGACCCCUUGCUUAAAAUCCAUAAAACACAAAGACUGUACUGUGCACUAUUUGUAAACAGAAUCAUUUCUUAUUUAAUUGUGAAUCAUUUCGAGCUCUUCCUAUUGAAACCCGUAUCCAAAAGGCGUCAGAGGCCAAAGUUUGUUUAAAUUGUCUUAGACCAGGUCAUGUAGAAAAUAAAUGCAGUCUUGUGCCUUGUAAAUAUUGCAAAAGAAUGCAUAACACUCUUUUGCAUUUACAUGAAUCAAACCCCACGCCUGGACCUUCUGUCCCAAUUAACAAUUUUGCAAAUUCCACCGACAUUAAUAAGCAGAUUACUACUCCGCCACAUGUUUUGCUUUCCACAGCGAUGGUGAAGGUGCUGGACAGCAAGGGCGCUUCAACAGUUCUUCAAAGAAACUUCUUAGUCGACAAGAUAAACAGCUAUUUAAAUGCGCAGCCAUAUCCUUGGAAUUCCGACAAAACGACAAAUUAUUAGGAACCCCCUAUUAUUUUGAAUUGAACAAUUGAAAGAAAGAAAGAAAGAAAAUAUUUUAUUUGGCCCAACAUAUUAAAUUAUUACACAGUAUACAGCUUGCAAUACUUGCACAUUUGUGGACAAAAAUGGCAUCCGCUCAGCAUUGUGUCCUGCUCUGAGGUAGACCCCAGAACAGGACGCUGUUAUUCUGCGGAGGCCAUUGAAUUAGAAGAACCCACACGUUCUGCGUGGCAGACUUUGCUCUAUAUCAAAUAGUCAAAACUGCAACGAUAUUGUUAUCAAAAAUUUAGAUUUUUCAGACUGUAGGCAGGAAUACUACAAAUUAUUAAAAUUGCAUCAAAAUCUUGUUGCUGCAAGAAAUAAAAUCAAUUAAUUUCAUCUUGUGAGAAAAUGAUGUUUUUUUCAUUCAACAUUGUGAACAUUGUUAGGAGAAUAACGUUCUUUAGUGAAUGCAGAGAAACUGCGUAAAAUAUAAAUUUCAAAUGGAUGGAGUAUAAGAAAAAUAAAAAUAAACGAACAGUUCUUGUUGAACGUUUUGAUAUUGCUGCUUGGAGACAUCGUUUUACAACUAGAGUAGGAGGAACAAACAAGGUCCCAAAACCACCCCAACAGGAGGCAGCAGACAGAAUUUCCUAGUCUUUUAUCGAUCAGACCUUACGAUCAAUCGGACACAAGAAAGCAUGUCAUCAAAAGGUAUUGGGUCCUGGAGUGAACAGGUGGCCCUUGAUUUACCUGCAGUAAUUGAUGAUAUCCCUCCUGGAGGCCUGCCCUAUGACAAUAACUUAAUUCAAUCAAUGGGAGUCCCUGACCCAGGAGCCUAUUUUGACCCGGAUUGCCAAGUAGAGAUUCCAGAGUUUUCGGCUACUGGGGAGGAACCUAGUCCCCAACCUGUUGACAAGGAAAGUCCUGCAACAAAAAAGAAUCCUCAGCAGGAAGAAGGACAACAAAAACCUCCCCCUGACCCUAUCAAGAUCUUUAAGGCUAGAUGGGGUGGGCUCCGGAAAGACUGCAUUGAGCCCAAAACAACACGAACUGUAGUGAUGACAAUGAGGAAGGAUGUCCUCACUUGCUUCAGAGACUCCAAGCUACUGGGGCAAGACACCCUAGAUAUGCUAGAUCAAAACUGGGAGAUGUUAGGGAGCGACAGGGUUUGCUCCUUUGUAGAUCUGUUUCUGCAGAAAACUCCAAACCCUGCUUUGACCCAGAACACUGGCCCUUUUGCUUACCUGACAGGACUAAUUGAUUCAAUGAGGGCAACUCAAAGUGACCUUUUCCUCAAUUACAUGGAGUCCCAAGCAACCAUAACAGCUGACUUGAAGAUGGCCGCAGCCUCCAUAUAGGGGUUUAGAAAAUCAAUCUCGGAUGCUGAGAGUGUAUGGCGAGCUCAAUCAUCUCUUUGCUCAUCAUACAUGGCAAACUUGGAGAGUCAACUCAAAUUACUCAAACUACAUAUUGAGACCCCUACAACACAAGCUCCCAAAAUGUCGACCCCUCAACCAAAACCACAGUCUGCCUCCCUUUCCAAUCCCCAUUCCCCUUACCACUACAUUAAAACAUCCUCUGGCUAUGACAUUCAGUAUGAAGGAGAGCAGACCCAAAAGAUCAAGAAUGUAAUUACUCAAGUGAAAUCAAUAAUGAACUCAGUGAGGAUGCGUCCCCGCUAAUUAGAGUACACCCAGAGGCAAUCCAUCUUCAAUUCAAGGAAAAGUACAAAUCGUGUAAGGACCCUCGGAAGGCAGUGGAAGCAAUAAUGAUCAAUCUGACACGGGGGAUCAAUUAAGAGUCUUCCCCUCCAACAGACCUCCGAAAAACCCACUCAACUGACCAAAUUAUAAAUUAUCAAAGAGGCAAUCACCCCACCGCAGCACAAAAAUCUCUUCGAAGAGAUAAAUGAUGCAGCCAACUCCAGGGUGUGAGCGCUUCCUUUACUGACUGACUGAGUUUAAUAUUUUGUUUCUUUUCAUUUGUAGCUACUGGAUUGUGAAUUGUGAGCUGUAGAAAACAAGCAGAUCCCUGGUUCUCAUAAUAAUGUUACUGCUGUUGGAGAUAGGACCAGACCCCACGCUAAAGUUGCGUGACCAUCCAAGAGCUAUUACCGAUCUCAAGAUGUCCCAUGGAAGGGACAAAGCGCCGAGUGCUUCGCGCGUUAUUAAAGAAGCAGGGGUGUGCAGGAGCCGGGCUGGACUACACUUUUGUAAUGAUACGGGUCUAUUUAGGGGUAUUUAUAAAUAUGUAAAUAAAAAUUAUUAAUAACUUCUUGGUAUCAUUGACGUAGAAUAAGCUGACGCCACAUAACGUCCAGUACAGUCUGUGGUACAUAAGCGUACGGUCCAUAACUUCGAAAUGGAGCAUCGCAGGGAGGUGAUGAAUACAUUUUUAUACUCAGGGGAAAAAGGUAUAUAAUGCAAUGUUUUCCAAGCUUCAGCCGUAAAGUCCAAAUUAUUUGACUAUAAGAAUGAUCGGAUGGUUCAAAAGUACGCACUGUGGCGCCCGUAUCGCCUUAGCAGUUUUCAUAGCAUUGAUCUACUUGUAUCAAUCUCGGCUGUUCAUGUUCACAUGCAGGCAGUGAAAACUUAUUUUAUCUCACGUAGUACAUGUGGCGGGUUCGUUACUCCAGCUACACAGUUUUGUGGAAAUGCAAGUUGAUCUGCACGUGCGAUAAGAUGAUAGCGGAAAACAAGUGUGAACGGCUCUUAAUACGAACACACCUGUCACUUUCGGUUGAAGAGUGAUACAGCAUGAAGUUCGUAGCGUGAACGGCACGUUAGACGACGAACUUAAAACUCUAUGACAUGCAUAGCGAGACGCGACUACGGUUAAUAUGGCUGGACCACACGGCGUACAAACCAUACUGGACCUUUACACGUCAAGAGACGUCUGCACGACAGUUUCGACGCUCAAUGUAAAAAAAAAAGUUGUAUGAGUUUAGUGUCGCAACGUUCCUGUAUUUCAUCAUUGGCUCUUAUCUUAGUCUCGAAGUGCACGCCGUUCGCACGUGAAUAAAAAUGCAAAUCCAAGGUGAUAAACAUCUGCAUAACAUAAAACAUAUUGUGGACAUCUAACAAUAAUGGCCAUGUGUGAUAACACGUAGCAGCGAUAUCAUAAAUAUUCAUUUAAAUGGCAAUGCCAGAUUUUGUAUGGAAGGUGGCGUCUUUUUUUUAUCGCGCGGCCAUCGACCAAACUUUAUUUUUUGAUUACAGAAUAGUGUAAUAAACCAAACUUAUUAUCGCAUGUAUACCUCUAAACUCAGUCUGAACUGAGUUACGAGGAUUAGAAGUUUGAUGAUUUUCAUACUAGAUUUGCUUUUUGCGCGCAAGUUUUGUAAGAAAGAAAUUGCAACAAAAUAUUGCGCAAUAUUUUAAUUGCGCUGAUUCUGCUGCAUACUGAUGUCAGGAGCCUUUAAUGGAUGGUAUUGUUUGUUUACACAUACAAUGUCACUAUUUUGUUGCAAUUUCUUACAAAACUUGCGCGCAAAAAGCAAAUCUAGCAUGAAAAUCAUCAAACUUCUAAUGCUCGUAACUCACUUUAGACUGAGUUUAGAGGUAUACAUGUCAUAGUAAGUUUGGUUUAUUACACUAUUUUGUAAUCAAAAAACAAGGUUUGGUCGAUGGCCGCGCGAAAAAAAAAAGACGCCAAUUUCCGGCAUUGUCUUUUAAACGUAAGAUGUUAGCUGAUGUCAGUAGCUGCUCUGAACGUCUGCCGUGUAGGACGCGCUCAGUCCGUAACGCUGUUUUAACAAAAGUCUUGUAUCGUCGCAAUGCAUUCUCGGAAACGGAAAACAUCACGGGCGCGGGAGCUGAGGGCAAAACAUAUUGUAUGUAAACAUAUGUUCACGAUAAUAGAUGUUUGCUUUGUACUGCACAGUCAAAGUCAUCGCUCGCAUAUACAGAGGACACGUUAUGUAAUCGAAGUGCAGUAUUAACAACAGUUAUCGCGGCUACUAUCAGUAUUUCACUUCGCGGUCAAACUUUUUGGAACAUACCUACAAGUCGGUCUACCCAGUUGAUGCAAUAGUACGAAUUAAAGUCAUGUUAUCGACUACGAUAGUUUAUCAAAGUAUCACACGUUGCAUACAAUUAAAUGUAUGACUUGUGGCCUUAUAACCAGAUAUAUUCCUAUGUUUCGUGUAAAUAAAUUGACGGAUUGAUAAGUCUCGUGCCUAUAAAUUGGGAAACUGAUAGCCUAGACCGACUCUCAUCGUAUGAACUUCUGAGACUGCAGAACGUAUUCAACCGUCUCGCUGUUGGCUAGUGUUUUCCGCGUCAUACGGAAACUAUAUUUCCUCUUAAUCUCAAUGAAUUUGAAAGGAAAAAAGUCGACAUCAAAACGCCGCCGCGUCUCUGAAAAUACGGCUGCACCAUCACCACCGCUCUCAACAUCGAAGCAGCCAGUUAUCUUCUCCUUGGAGAUGAUUCUCUACAUGGCCAACUUCAUGAGCUUCCAAGACUACAAACGGUUUGUUCAAUCCUUUUAUCCCGAUAACUUCGUGAAUGAUCUCAUUCGGAAAAAGUUGUGGGAGCUAUCCACUUGAGAAGCCAAUGGUGAUCGAGUACAACUUCAACCCCUCAAGACCAAAAGAACAUCACAUACUGAUGAACGUCAAAUCUUUGUCACCUAUUUUUGGUGGAAUCAUGUCUGAAACAAUGAAGGAAUUCACAGGGGUUCCUGAGCUAACGGAUUUCAUCGAUGUGCACGUCCAUUUGAAUCAGUGCUCAAGACGUCAAUUCGCUAGCUGCCCGUGUCACUUGGUUAACCCGAAAAGCCAAGAUUUUGAAGCCUUCAGAAAUCGUUCAAAUCUGUCAGCCCCGAGCAACCUUCUAUUGUGAACACCGCCUUCGGGUAUAUCGUCGCAGGCAGCAGUAACUCAAUUGUAAAUCAAAAACAAAACCAGGUGAUAUCUUUAUUUUGUAGAGAAUGCUCAAGAGAACAACGUAUUUGACAGUGUCACAAUUUUCCAAGCUGAAAUGAAGGCCCGAUUGGGUCUUCGAGAGGCUCUUGUGGGUAAGGUUCUAAACACUGAGUACACGGGCUCCGAGCUAGCUGCCAUCAAUCAAGUGAAGAUGGUAUGGGAACACUCGGGCUACAAAGCCGUCCUGUUCAUGAUCGCCUUCAUAGAGGCCCGCAGUGCCGUUUUAGAAAUAGAAGCAGUGCUAGAUCAGGCUCUUGCCCUGAAAUUCGCAAUGGACCAAGCGAAGACCCAACCUCACUUCCCAUUCUCGCGGGUUAUCAACCCCAAUGCACAUCCCGAGCUUACACACAAGAACUACAAUCAUCUAUACGUGGCUGCCAUAGCCUAUGCGAAAAAGAUGAAGAGCGUGGGAGAGAACUUCCGCACGUCGGAGGCCAUUAAGAGCAACCAGCUCUCCCUCAUUAAUAGAUACCUGGAAGAAGACGCCAAGCUCUCCAUCUCUGAGCCCUCAGAUGCUGUGUUGGAGAAGAUGCGCAUUCUGGGCCUUGGGACCAGAAGACGCCGUCGACGUGACGGGGAUAGCUCAGAUGAAGAGGACGCAGAGCCCCGUCGCAGAAAGCGUAGGCACUAAGCUUCUGAUAGGUGUCGCCAUACAAUUGUCUUUAAGAAAAACGAGUGAACAAGUGUUGCCACAAUACUGACCCAAGAAGCCAUGGAUUAUGAGGACGAGUAUCCCUUGACCCUACCAACCGAUAAGACAGGAUUAACAGUUGCAGGAGUUGCCGGGGUGCCUACGACCAUGCCCUUGAGCAAAAGAGGCGUGAGCACCAGAGGAAAAGCCAGGAAACCCCCUGAGAAAAAUGCAAGAUAUAGAACUCAUCCAAUUUGUUCCUUGCCCCCUUAAACGUCGUGCCGUUGUCACAGUAGACAUCGCUGGGCAAAUUCCUUCUUGCAAUAAAGCGCUUGAAGCACGCGAGAAAGCACUCGGUUGUCAAAUCUGAGCAAAGUUCAAGGUGGAUAGCCUUCGUGACGAAACAUACGAAUAGUGCAAUGUAACCUUUUCCAAUCACGGGUUUCCUGAUGCGACUGUUUUUUACGGCAACCGGUCCAGCGAAGUCUACCCCGACCUUCUCAAACGGGCGGCAUGCGUUGACUCGUGCUGAAGGCAAGGAACCCAUCAGUUGAGUUGCUGCAGCGGCUUUCAAUCUGUGACAGGUUACACAUUUAUGAAUAACCUUUUUUACAGUGCGCAAUCCAUCAGGAAUCCAAAAUCUUUGUUUGAUAGAUGAUAAAACCAGCCUUUGACUUGCAUGCAGGAGCAUAAUGUGUUCAUUCCUAAUAAUCAAUUCGGUGAUAAUCGAUUUUUUGGGCAAUAUUGCGGGGUGCCGAUUUGCAUAGGGAAGUAAUGCAUUUUGUAGCCGACCACCGACCCUAAUAACACCGACACCGUCUAUAAAAGGUGAAAGUUGCAUCAAGCUACCUGUGACUUGUUUGCCAGAUUGCAGAGACUUAAUUUCAUCUGGAUAAAAUUGAUAUUGUUCAUGCUUCACUAUCAACAGCAAUGCAUUGUCAAGUUCAUCUGCGGUGACAAAUCCUUUCCUUUUAACAGAGUUGGCCCCUAUAUUAUUACAAAAUCUAAUGACGUAUGCAAGAAUUCUAGUCAUUUUGUUUAUACUCGAAUACUUUUUUAGCCCAUCAAAAAUACUGCAAUGAGUAUCAACAGUUGUUGUACAAACAAUUAAACUAUUGUUCUUUUUUAAUUCAGGUAGCUGUAUCUCAGUUCGAGGAACUGGCAAGAAUGCAUAAUUUCGAUCAUGCAAGAACGAAGGGCCGUGCCACCACGAAACAUGGUUUUGUAGUUCGUGUGGUUGAAUACCUCUGCUAAGACAAUCUGAAGGAUUAUCACUGGUGUUAACAUAAUGCCACUCAUAGCUGUGUGUGAGUUCCCCUAUCGACCUGACUCUAUUUGCGACGUAUGUUUGCAACUGAGUGACGUCAGUUCUCAACCAGGCUAAUACAAUUUGCGAAUCUGAGAAGAAAUGAGUAUCGUUGACUAAGAAUUUUUUAAGUAACGUACCUUUUACUUUUUUAGCUAGCGUAGCCAAUAAUAUCGCAGCAUUCAGCUCAAGUUUAGGCAUGGUAAGCUUUUUUUUACACGGAUUUAUACGUGACUUCGAACAAAGCAAAUGCAAAUGAACGUUACCUUGCUCGUCAAUGGAACGCAAUUUUUUUUUUUUUUUUUGGAAAUAGGCUUUAAAAAAGCGCUUUUACACGUCCCAAUAUUAACCCUACCACUGCUUCGGGACAAUAAAUGGGCCAGUGCUGAGAAGAAGCAGCGCAAGAAACUCAGUCACUAUUGUCAGCCUCCUUUUCAAGGUUUUACAGUCUUUAAAAUAUACAAAUUAUAGUCAUAAGUAUUAAUGCGAGCUAGGUAGUUAAACAUUCCAAACAUUAUUAUCCUUUAUAUAAUCAUCAACUUUAUAGUAGCCCUUUUUCAUUAAGGUGCUUUUGAUAUGUGCUUUAAAUUUAUGAAUGGACAAUUCUACAACAGUUUGUGGUAAUUUAUUAAAAAGUUUAAUACAUUUCCCCAUAAAUGAAUUACCAAUCUUGUGCAGUCUGAAAUUUGGAACGGCAAGUUUAUUUUUGUUUCUUGUAUUGAACUUGUGUAAAUCACUCUUUCUAGUAAAUUGCUCUAUAUUUUUGCGAACAUAUAAAAGGUUUUCAUAAAUGAACUGUGAAGCUACUGUCAGUAUAUUAAUCUCCUUAAAGAAUUCUCUCAAGGAAAAUCGGGGUCCAAGGUUAUAAUAAUAUAAUAUAGGCAACACCCGUAAGCUACAGAAGAUGCAUCUGCAAAUCCUAUAAGCUGAAUGCUUACUGCAUUUAUACUAUACAUAUUUGGUUAUACCUAAUCGUAAGCAUGUUACAUUGUAUCUUGUUUGUGGUGAGAAAUAAAUUCCAUUUUUUAUUUAUUUA